AUGACCAGUUUAGCUUCUGACCAUGCUGGCCAUUUUAUGGAACUCGAUCAAAUCACUGAAAAGUAGUGAAUGGUUUUCUCUUACAGAAUGUCUGAACAGAAACAAAUUCCUGAGCGUAUUCUGCAGAGCUCAUUUGAUCAGUUAUUCCCUUCUAACUGGUCCGGAUUACAGACAGAAGUGCCACCAGGUGAAAUGAAAGAGACUGGCGAGGAACAUGGGAAUAAACCCCGCUGGGCAGUUCUCUUGAUAUUCAUGGUGAUAAUACCGACAAUUGGUGGAAACAUCCUUGUCAUUCUGGCUGUUUCACUGGAGAAAAAGCUGCAGAAUGCCACCAAUUAUUUUCUCAUGUCUCUGGCAGUGGCUGACUUGCUGGUUGGAUUGUUUGUGAUGCCGAUUGCCCUCAUGACAAUAAUGUUUGAAGUGAUGUGGCCCCUCCCAUUUGUUCUAUGCCCCGCCUGGUUAUUUCUUGAUGUUCUUUUUUCUACUGCAUCCAUCAUGCAUCUCUGUGCCAUUUCGGUGGAUCGAUUCAUAGCCAUCAAAAAGCCAAUCCAGGCUAAUCAAUGUAACUCACGAGCUAAAGCACUCAUCAAGAUUACAGUGGUGUGGUUAAUUUCAAUAGGCAUUGCUACUCCAGUCCCUAUUAUCGGGAUAGAGAAGAAUGCGGAAAACCCAAAUAACAUCACUUGUAGGAUGACAAAGGACCGUUUUGGCCAUUUCAUGCUCUUCGGCUCACUGGCCUCCUUCUUUGCCCCUCUGGCGAUCAUGAUCGUCACCUACGUUCUAACUAUCCGUGCUUUACGGAAGAAAGCUUACUUGGUGAAAAACAAACCACCUCAACGCCUAACGUGGUCCACGGUGUCCACAGUUUUUCAAAAGGAAGAAAAAUCCUGCGCGUCACCUGAAAAGGUGGCUAUUCUGGAUGGUUCUGGCAAAAACAGAACUCUGCCCAAUUCAAGUGACAAAACCCUUAUGCGGAGAAUGUCGACAGCUGGAAGAAAGUCGGCGCAGACCCUUUCCAAUGAACAAAGAGCAUCGAAGGUUCUAGGGAUUGUGUUUUCCCUCUUCUUGCUGAUGUGGUGUCCUUUUUUCAUUACAAAUGUAACGUCAGCUGUGUGUGAUUCCUGUAACCAGACAACUCUCGAUAUGCUUCUGGAAAUCUUUGUGUGGAUAGGCUAUGUUUCCUCGGGAGUGAAUCCUCUGGUCUACACCCUCUUCAACAAGACAUUUCGGGAUGCAUUUGGCCGGUACAUCACCUGCAAUUACCAGGCUACAAAAUCGGCAAGAACUCUCCGCAAAGGCUCCAGCAAUGCCUACUUCCAGAGCUCCCUAGCGGAGAACUCCAUUCUCAUGGCACAGGGCAUGAGGAAUGGGCUCAGUCCUGCCAGGUACCAGAGCCCAGUCAGGCUCCAAAAUUCAAAAGUUCAGUCUUCAUCAAUCGUUCUACUAGACACACUUCUCCUAACUGAAAAUGAAGGUGACAAAACCGAAGAUCAAGCCAGUUACGUAUAA